AUGACAAACGGCGGGGAUCCACCUAGUGGGGUAUGUAAUAGAGCUGGUGGAUUUAACUCUGCGACCCCAACGAGACCGACGCGGCAGGGUGGUCUGGCGUCUCCUUCAGAGCGGGGAGGUGGCCCCGUAGAUGAUCGGAUACCUCGAGCGGUGCCCGGGGAUUUCGCUUCUCAUUUACCGCUUGCAUACCUUCCUAUGAAGAUGUCCGCGUCCGGUCCGUCUCCUGUGGGACCCGUUGAUGCUGUUGUCGCGUAUCCGCCUCAGUCACUGCUAGGCCAGCCUGGGUCUGUUGGGCUUGUGAGACCAGCUGAUCUGGCACAAGCGGGAAUGCCACGUGGGGAGGACUAUCAGGAAGAAGGUGGCUUUCAGGGUCGAUCACGAAGUCGAGAACCACGCUUUGGGGGCAGCAGCGCUGUGGUGAGCUCACGUGGAUUUCCCCGAAUGAGGCAUGCAGGACAUGGUUUUGCUGCUUCGGGGGGUCCGAGACCCGGCGGUAGUUCACCGGGAGGGUUAGGCGGCGCUGGAGGUAACGAGGGGUCUGGACGUGGCGACUUAGACCACGUACGAGAUAUUAGAAGUUUCCCAAAUGUCAAGCAAUCAUUCCGACCUAGAGCGGUUUCGGGGCCCUCGGAUCCCCCGGGGGCGGGGACUCACCACUUAGGGAACUGCCGCGAUGUGCGUCAAUUCGACCUUAGCAGUCACGCUGCGCAGCAGUUUCCAGUGAAGAGUGGCUCUGCCGCGAAGGAAGGAGCUGCAGACCACCCCGGAAAUUUCGCAGGUAAUUCCGCAGGGGCUUGGUCUGGCAGGGAUUCACACCACGACAGCGGGUCUGCCAGUGUGUGCCCGACUGGUGACGGGGGGCGUGAUUUCGGAGGUGGCCAGCAGCGCAAGCGACGCCCUUUGGCGUUGUCACGGAGCCGGCGAGGGUUUGACGGACGUCGAACAAGUGUGUACGCAGAUCAAAUCAUUAGUUACCAGCACGGCGGACUGUGUCCAAAACGGGUCAAGGCCGCGUUUAUGAGUGUGGCACAGGCGGCUGGCCAACCGUUCUUGGUCAUGCCGCGGCACAUGCGGUUGGACGACACGUGUGCGGGCAUACCGCCGGAUGCGCUUGGAGGGUUGAGGAAUCCCGCCGGUAGCUUGGACCCCUCGGGGAGUAGAGAUAAAGCGGGCAUCUGGGAUGGCGGAGCGGCCGCCCAGCUUAACUCGACCUCCGGCUUAGCUGAUGGAGUGUCCACUCAGAUGAGCUGUCCGUCUCCCUGGAAUGGAGCUGGGGGACACGCUGACACAGAGGAUUCUGUUCUGCAUAUGAGUGAGGUCAGCGCAGAUGAGAGCGACGAUGAAAUGGAAGACGGUGAGGUGGAGGAGGCGAAGAAAGACGGUCGGACGACACGUUCGGGACAGGAAGAAGUCAUAUCGGGAGUUGCUCGACCGUACUCCCAGGGGGCGGCAGAGCCUGUUCCGGGAGCGACGGACAAAUCUGCUCCUUCGUUCGCAGGCGCAACAGAUGCACACCGGGAGGGUCAAGCUGCUACUGUGCCUAAUAAUUGGGGCUCCUUCAACUCUCCUGGAGGCUUGUCUGUCUCUUUUGAGGGUGGUUUCGGUGUCUCAGCACCCCUACUUCCGUCGGGAGUCGCGUCAGAGGCUCCUAGUUUACUCGGACCAGCCCCGCGAGGAGCGUUGUUCCGACCUCCGUCUUCAUGUGCCGCGACUGCUUUUGGUAACACAGGCACCAGAAACAACACUUCAGAGCAUCGGCCUUUUGCUGACACGUCUGCGGGUGGGGCACUAGUGACUUCAGCAGGUGCAGUUGAUGGCCAGAGUAGCUUGAGGUCGCAGACAGUUCCAGGACAAUCACCGAUGAGUUUUCCCGCACUCGGCACUGCAAAUGCUUCUGAGCGUAGUUCAAGCAUGGGCCGGGCACGGCCUGUAGAUCCGCGAUUGCUGCGACAACGAAAGCAGCAUAAUGCGGAUGGAGCUGUGUCUGCGCCGCCGCAUGAAAUAAACGAUUCGAGUGGCGAGACGCUCUUAUCUUCAGAAUGUGCUUCGGGAAUGGAGAAAACAUGCGCGUUAGGAGAUAAGGCUCCAUCCGAAGUGAUUCGCUAUGUUAGCUCUAUUGAUAGAAGCGUUUUGGAGCUUAAAAACCCUCCGACGCCUCCCCCGCCUGGCACGCUACCACCGGAGCUUCAGAACACGUGCGUGGCGCGAGGCAAGUUACCUCUCUUGCUGGACCUGGACAACACGCUGCUGCAUGCUCAGGCAGCAUCAGCCACUGGCUGCGACGUGCGGCUACAGGAUUGGAUUGAUCCGUAUGGAGAACCCGAACUGUAUCGAUUUGAGCUGCCGUGCAACCGCAAGACUUAUUAUAUGAAACUUCGACCCCAUCUGAGGACGUUCUUGAAGAAGCUGGAGCCGUUCUACGAGAUGAGCGUGUACACAAAUGCUACUCAAGAAUACGCCGACAUAGUCAUCGCGAUUUUGGAUGGCAAUCGUCAACUUUUCCAGGAUCGGAUUGUCGCACGUGACAGUGGCUUCAGAGGAGAGGCAUCAGAAAAUAAAGCCGUCCGCCGACUGUACGAAGGCAUGGAUAAAAGGUGCAUUGUUGCCUUCGAUGAUCGGCAGAACAUCUGGACAGACUUGCCUCUAACUCACGUAGUAAAGGCACAACAUUAUGACUUCUUCGACUCGCAUAAGACAGAGCUGAACGCUUACUACCCCCCUUUAUCGAACGGCAUUGAAGGCAUGACAGCACCGGACGUUCUGGGGAAUAGACAAAACGAGGACGAGGGCGUGAUGGAUCCGGUUGGCUGUGGUUCUUUUCCCCCGGUGGGACAAGAUACACAGUCAACUAACACACCUGUUCAACAGCAUCUAAGUCGAGCGGCUGCAGACGGGAAAAAGCCCUGUGACUGGGACAGGCAUUUGGAAUGCAUGCUGAAGUUGUUUUUGCAUCUUCAUGCGGAGUUCUUCAAGGAUCCAGUCAAUGCCAACAUUGGCGCGAUCCUGUGCAAUUUCCAGCAAAAGGUACUCUCCGGUGUAGGGAUUUUCUUCACGGGUUUUAGAAAAACCUUUUCUCCAGGAGCUGCGGUAGCUGACUGCGAAGAACGGCAGGCCGAACUUGCGCAGCGCCUCGGUGCGAAGGUAUACAAGAGGUUCGACGAGGAAGGAGUAACUCAUGUUGUGGCCGGAAAAAACAACACGAAUAACAUGCUUGCCUGCAAGGAAAAUACGAAGCUCGCCCGUGUGCACACACUGUGGCUGUAUUGCUGUGAGGCUGCACUGGCACGGGUGCCUGAGUCUGCGUUUGACGCUGACACACUGUGCACUUACUACGACAACAGCCCUCCGACUGCUCCUUACCGCGAUCACUGGGUGCAUCUCGCCCAAGAAAAGCCGACUGCAGAGCACGAACCAGCUCAUCCGUUUCCUCCACCGGAGAGCCUUCCCGUACGAGAAUUCCUUAGCACUGGCUCGUACAGUGACGGCGCAACACUAACGUCGCCGUACGAGGAGUUGUUGUUCAUAUGGCGGCCAGAGAAGCAGAUGAUUCGGCAGUUAUACGCUAGUGAUGAAAGUCGCGGCUUGUCUCUACCAUCGGCCAGCUCAAAAGGAGCGUCUGUAGUGACGUCGGUGACGGGCACCCCUGGUGGGUCGUUGUGUGGUACUUUGUUAGGUCCUGGUCAGCCCACUGGCCAGGGCAUGAUUGGUGCCACUUCCCACCCCCAGUCGCAGCGGCUUCAUGCCUAGACUGCAAUAUUCUGCCGUGACCCACAGUUCUAUGAAAAGGUGGGCAACUUAAUUAGGCCACGUGUUGGCGUGUCCGCAGCCAACGUACACCCGUUGGACUUGGCCCGUCAGCAUCAAUAAUGGCGCGUCUGCUUCUCAGGAAUAGCAAAAGGGAACUUUACGACGGACCCUUGUCUACUGAUCGGAGAAACUGUUUUCUGGGGAAAACACUUUUUAGGUAGCCACAUCGCUACGAGGCACAUGCAGCGUGUCCUUGAAUGAAUACACAGAAGCUGGAAAUUGCGCCUUGGUGUGUCCACCCACUAUGCCGUAUUCGUUGUGGCUUGCUCUCGUGACAUUCUGGCCAGUCGCUGUUUCGUAGUCACAGUACAACGCGCAGUUUCCGGAACUCGAGUGUUUGAUUUUGCGUCAAAUCGCAGCGAGAAUCCCUUCUUCGAUGCCACGUAGGACUACUGGCUGCAUAUGCGUUGUAGGUUGAGUUAGCUCGUUCGAUCCACAAAAUAGGUGAUAAAAAUCUACUACGGCAGUGUUCUGGCGAUUAUGGCUGUCGACGGAAGGCGAUUUCGUUGAAAUCAGUUCAUCGAAAGCAGUGCGGUCUCACGGAAUGUAAAAUGGUUUCGCCCGGAGUAUCCGAAGCUUUAAUUGCUCGUUACGUGGGGCUUUUGGGAGGCAACUGUUGAUGGAAAUGCUAUGCGGUUUAGCCUAGAACGCUGCUUUACGCUACGAGUGAAUACAUGGAAGGGAUCGUGGAAAGGAGCAGAGGGUCCCUAAAUUGUAUCGAAUAGCACCUAAAGGUACACGGGAGGACUACUGUGGGAGGGAAGUGCUGAAGAAAAAGAAACUAUGAGAAGUGACUCGUAAGACAUUCGGUUUUCGAACGUCAGUGGAGUGUACUUAAUGGAGAAAUUGCUCUCUUAUUCGACAGAUACAAUGACAAACAACGAAAAAGCGGUCGUGGACGGACGGUUACUAUACUCGAUAUAGGAAACAGGAAAUACAACAGAAGAAAAGUUAACAGGAGCUCAGGAGGAAGUCGAAGCCGCAGUGUAAUGUUGUGAUGGUCUUGUGGUAAUGUAAGGGGCGAAUGCCAACACGGGGGCUUUCAUCCUCAAUAGAAGGAUGAGGGGUAAACAGCUGGAAACAGUUAAAUGGGACGUGAAGCACGGCGCUGAAUGUAGGGAUGUGCCAUUGAUAGCCAGAGUUACGUUCCAGGUUCCUUCUCCAUGCGUUACAAUUAUGGGUAGAAUCACUCGCUACGCGAACGAAUUGGCGCCAUGAAUUGUAGGUUCUCUGGUGUGAGAUGAGAAGUCAAGACUCGCCUUUUAAACGUCAUUUUCGUUUUACAUUUCGCUGUUGAGCCCAAUCGUGUUUGAAGAAUCACUUCACCCGCGCAGUUCCCGUUCUCUGAGAACUGCGACCUGCUUUCGGCCCACAGCACGCAGUUCAAGAAGCGAUAUCGUUGGCGAGGAAGCAGUGAAAAUGAACUCGAGUUCAUUGAGGCAUGCAGCGCUUGUAGCCCCCGUAUUGUGUGUGCAUCCAUCACGCCGCGGGGCGGACGUGUACGCUAUUUGGAGACAAUGUCAUUCUGCCGAGUUGUGUUUUAAGAUAUCGGCCGCUGAUGACGCAGAAUGUUAAUUUCCUCUAUACCUGCGUACCCCUAAGAGUAUUUCUUUUCUACGGCGCCGGCAACCGCCGCCACCGCUUCUGAUUAACUGGAGCGAACAUGUAAAGUCCGAAGGACUAGUCAUGAGAAAGUAACAGUUCUCUCAGGGGGACAAUUUAGGCUCAGCGGGUAAGGGAUAUACUAUAUCGGACAGUCAUGAGAAAGGAAGUAACUGCCUUGUUUCUCACGGGGCUGGAACUGACGAACCUUCUGAUCGAGUCAGAACAGUCUGGAACGGAAAGGUCCCGGAGAAUAAAUGCUAUAGUCAUGCUUCUUCGAAUCGGGGUGACAAACGCAUCACCUAUCAAUUCGCAGGUUGAUUCUGUUUAGCGUAAAAGCAAAGCAUGACACAUUCAUGAUGCUUGAUGCCCCGUAUUGUAUGUUGUGGUUCUUGUUCUGCAUGCACGUUAACAGUUAACGAAGUAUUACGCCAUCCUUUCCUACUUUUGAAUCGCAAGAAAAGACAACGCGCAGCAAACCCUUUCGAAGUUCUUUUCCAGGG